UGAGAUGCUAGCGAGCUACGUUUGAAGUUGGUGUGGGUGUGCAUAUUGCUGGGAGACAGCCGCACAAGUGAAAGGGUGAUGGGUAGGAGUGGAAGUGAUUUAAAGUGAUCUUUUAACAAAUGGCUCUGUCCGAAGUGCACAAUUUGGCUGCGAUUAUCACCAACAAUGGUUUUACUGUUAGCAAGAAUAACGUGAUUGAAUGCAAUAUCAACAUGUUGGAACCACGAAACAAUUAUCCAGCUGACAGAUGUAACGCAGAAUAUAAUUAUUGGAACUAUGACUUAAUGGAGUGUAAUACACAAAAAAAUAUGAAUGUAGAAGAUGAAGAUAGUCAGGAUUUAAACAAUCCUAUGGUGAAUGAUUUAGUGUCAAAAAUUCUUGACGAUGAUUCAAUUGUCGGUGACAAUGCUCAGAAUAGUAGCUAUAGCGGCAAUAUUCAAUAUCAUUCGGAUACUCAAUGUUGUAUCAUGGAGAAUAAAAUGGAAAAUAAGACAGACCCAAAUCUUACAAGCAUAAAUCACUUUAAUAUUCAUACUACAUUUAACAAAUUGCACAACAAUAUUUCUAAUAAUGCUAAACUUGAAUGUAAUUACAACAAUCUUUGCGAAGAAAUUAAAACAUUGAGUCUGAACAGAUGCGCAGGACAAGUACUGGACGACGGAAAUUUGUAUAGUAACGGGGUUAGCGCGUAUUCAAAUACGUAUUCAUCUGAUUCACAGUCAUACAUAUUACGUCCAAGCGACGAUACUUGUUGUAUAAACGGAAGUACCGGUAUGCCUUUGUGCAAUGAUUUGUUAACUACAACAAACGUGAGAAAUUCAAAUAAACAGGCUACUAACUGGUCAGAAAAUUUGUCAGCAUCAGGAUGUACAUCAGAUUUAUUUGGAAAUUAUCAAAGAAUUGAAAACUGCACAAACCCAGACCUUAAUUUUAACAUGGCUUUAACAUUGGCAUUAGAUUCUCCCGAUCCAGUUACUCUUAAUGAAAUAGAGUAUCACCAUAAUAUUGGACAAAAUGGAACUACCAACGCAUACAAUAAUCCUACACCUUCUAUGCACGAAUUAUAUAGUAUGACUGCCAAUAAUCAAAACUACAGACCAAGUUCGGCAAUGACUGAUUUAAGUAUCGACUCUGGGUUUCUUUCAAAUUCUCCGUUACAACAUUUUUCUCCGGCCGAUACGAAUUUGCAUAAUUGUUUUGGGAAUAAUAUACAGCAGCGCAGUAACGCCGGUGAUUAUAAAGAUUUACACGAUUCAAGUAGAUUAAGUAUGGGAAAUAUCUCAAUACCAAACGAACAACUUCAAUUUUUGCAACAACAAGCUCGUAGCUACAAAUUGAAUCAAGCUGUGGACCAAGAAUACAAGCAGUUGAUCGACUAUUAUCCAGGAGUAAACGACUUCACCGCACCAUCGAUCAAUGGUUUAGACACAAACGAAAAUUGUCUUUCGAAUAACGAUUAUAGAAUCGAUAAUAACUUAUUAAAAAUUAUUAGUCCAAAAUCAAAGACUAUCGAGACUAAGACGUAUUCGCCAAUUGGGUUUCCAAAAAAUCUAAGUUCGCGUCACACGCAUCAGUCAAUUGCAAAAUAUGGAUAUCAUAAUUAUCAACAAUACACUGCCAACAACGGCGAGACUUUAAAAAUGCUACCACAGAGUUCCACAUCGUAUCAUGAUUUGAAACAGCCUAAUACGAAUACUAAUACCUAUAAAAUGGAAGGAUUUGAUCUUACCAAAGAGAUAGCUUCGUUUCCUUCUGUCAGUCAUUUGACCAAUCAAAUCGCAACAGGCUCUUCAAUGAACAAGGAUACUUUCAACUAUCUUAUGAAACAACGACAUCAUAUGCCAAGAAUACAGAAUAACCAUGGUAUACCAUCAGCCGAUGUCCUCUUCAAUUCAGGAAUAGUACCGAAUCCAAGUACAGUAAGAUCUGGUGUAUUCCCGCCAGUAAUGCCAGUUCCUGUACCGCUUCCAGUUCCACGUUUAUUUUCUGUACUCUACGGCGGAGGUUUAGGACUUAGAAACGGAAGUGGAGCAGCUAGACGUACAGCUCCUUCAAGUAUAUUACACUUUAGAUUGGAGCAAACUUACGAACAAUUUAAACAGUUGGAAAAAGAACGAAAGAAAUGCGAAGCUGGAUUAGCCGCCCAUUUCCCUGGUAAAAGAGUAACAAGUGCAAACAACAUACCCAUUCCUCGCCUUCAAGGGAAUCCAUCACGUGUAGAUCGUCUAAUUAUUGACUAUUUACGAGAACAUGCACGGGUCAUAACUUUGAUCGCAAAGAUGGAACGUUUGCGAGGGACCACAAUGAAUCAACGCGUACAUAAGGCUAUGGAGUAUUGGUUGGAAGCAAUCAAAUUUGUUCAAGAAUGUCGUAAACGAGAGAUCGCAAAUGCUACUAAAAGACAGAAAGAAAAUCCCCCGUGCAUUCUUGUAUACAACGACAAUGAUAUAUUAACUCUGGCUGCCAGUGUCUAUGAACUAACGAAGGCCUCUCGAUACGCAAGAACGGGUAUGUAUAACGCAUUACAAGCCACGUUACUCUAUGAUUUGGAUAUAGAAAAAAAAGUCGUUGAAUCGUCUAAAGAUCCAGUCCUUGUGAUAAAACGCAAUGAAAGUCAGGUAGGAAGCAACGCCGGCGAUUAUUCAAAUUGUACCUAGCAAGAUUUUGAAUACCGCUUCUCGAUUUUCUGUGACAAAACCUAAAAAUCGAGUCCAGUAGCUUUUUACUUGUACGUAUUUCGCGUUACGUUUCCAGAGAAGCUUACGCUGGCGUUUCUCAUAAUUUUAUCGCUAAAACAAAAGAUGCCGCCCACUUAAUAAUCUCGCGAGAUAUCAAAGCAUCGUUAUGGAAAGGAAAGGAAAGAAAGAUAAUGAAAAAAAGCAACAAAAAACCAAAAAAAAAAAAAAUUAAAAAAAAGAAGUACGCGUAUUCGCGCCGAAAUAGGAAAAAAUCGUAUGCGUGUCUACUUUUUACAAGUUAAUAGUGACUCCAUAGUUUUCUACUGUACAUAUUUUUAUCUCUACUAAUAGUACAGUGUUGGGGUGUCGGUUCUGGUAUCCAAAUACUUGUGAUCCAAUCGUCUUAUCAUCGUCUGUAUCGCAUUAAUCAAGUAAUAUUUUGCUUGUUCUUUGCUAAACAAAGACUACAAACGAAAGGAACAUAUACAUAGACGGUUUGUUCCUUUUCAAUGAACAUGUUAUAUAUUUCUCUUAUGCGUGGUUCAUAAUGCCAAAGAUAAUCCCUUUAAAGAUUAAUUGAGGAUCCGAGACUCGUGAAGGGAGAACGAAGAAUAAGAUUGCUCAGAGAGACUUUACUGAUAAAAAUAUAAAAAGAAAAAAAGUAAAAAAAAAAAACGUUCGCAAGAAUCUCCAACUAUUAUUCGUUUUGCGUAUGUGUUAUAGGAUAGAUUAUUAUUAUUAUUAUUAUAAGCUAAAUUUAACCGAUAUAUUUGUUCAGAGUGUUAGGCAAGUAAUUUCUUAGACUAGUUCAAUGUGGCCUUCCUUCAAUGUACGACCCAAGAUGUGUGUCAGAUAGUUGAAUACAUCUCGAGAAACAAAAAAGACUCAGAUGCGAUAGCAAUCUUGAACGCAAAAAUCGGGUGAGCUUUUUUUUCUAACUUUGUCAAAUGAAAAUGUGGUGUAUUAACCGGCUUUGAACGGUAUAGAUACGUACCACAUAGACGUAUUAGAUAUAUACAAGGCAAAACAAUGUCCACUAUACUAACACAUAAAUCUUUGUUUAAAGAAAGAAAAAGCAAAAAAGAGAACUUUCCUAACGCAUACUCGCUAUACAAAAGCGUGCUCUGGCGUAAAGUUUACGCACAGCACAAUUACAUUUAAUGGUAACACUGAAAUUAUAAUGACAUUAUAUAGGUCCACAUACGUGUGUGUGUGUGGGUGUGUGUGUACAUAUAUAUAUAUAAAUUUUAACGUGCGUAAGCGAGACACACAUAACAAUAUUCCUACGUAAUAUAUAUACAUACGUUGAUAGGCAAAUUUGUUCAGCAUUUUCUCUUACUCGAUUUUGAGUAAACUGUAUCAAACAGGAUAACUAACAUACCUAGCUCAAGCGUUUGAACGUUUCUUCGACGCGGCACCAUUGUAUGAAAGUCGUUUGUUCAUUUGAAAUUUCACGCUCGGUUCGGCAGGCUGUAGAUUCAAAGAAAGAUUGCUUUAAAAAACGGUGAUUAUUUCCGUAUUCCUAUGAAACUACAGGUAUAAUAUUCGCACAACGAUCAACAAGGUACGCCGCAUUGAAGCGAAAUCUCUAGCGUCCAAGGUGUAACACACUUUUAUUGCUGUUCGAAGGUGGUCUAAUUUUUUUCUUCGUAUAAUCUGAUAAGGUGAAAUCUGAUCGGCCUGUAUUAUCAAAAGCUUGGUUGGCGAAGCUUUUAAUUAUAAUCAUCCGUGUAGGUAUAUAUCCGUCAACUUCCAUCUUAAGCUGCAAAUCGUAUCUAGUUGAUAAUAUCCCAUAAAUGGGGGAUAGGUGUGUUGAUUUUAUUCUCUAUAUUCGAUCUUGGGCAAGACAUUGUAGAGGAACGAGGGGUAUAUUUAAUUUUAUUGUUAGUAAAAAGUUAGCGAAAAAGUUGUCUUUGCCGUCAAUCUUGCUACUGUACAGAAAAGUUUUAUAUAAUACAUUGAUUAAAAGAUUACACGUUUCUCUCUUGUUCUUUUCUAAAGUUAUUCUUUUCCUAAAGAUGAGAGAGAAACUUAUGGAUAAUGAAAUACUUGUAUCGCCGAAGUUAUAACUGUUGAAGAUGAAAGGAAUCGCUUGAUCGCAAAGACAACCGAUUAGAGAAAAAGUAGCCGAGUACUAUCGACCACUAUCCAGUCUUGCUAAAAGUAAGAUACACAUACAGACUGUUAAUUCGCUUUUACAUAGCGCUUUAUAUAAUAAUAAUUAUUAUCGAGGACCAUGUCGAGCAUCGUCUCCGUGUAUAUUAGGACUUGAUUUUCAACGUAGAAAGAUCAUUUCUAUUUCUUCCCAAGCUCUCUCAUAUUUUUCUUUUUCUUAUUGCUUGAUGCAACAGUUUCCUCUUCGUCUCUAAACGCGAUGAAGUGAACUCGAGUCGCGAGUACAUUGAAAAUUUCAAACGAGUUUACUCUUUUACACUGGAGAAAGAAAUACUUACUAUCUAUAAAAAGAAAAAAAGAAUUUCCUUUCGCAUUUGUCGACGUGUUGUGUUGUGUUGUGUUGUAACUGUGAUAUACGUACAUACUUACAUAUAUACCACAGUUCACCAGAGUCCAUAACUGCGGCGCGCAGGUUGGAAGAUGGUGGGGGAACGCAGCGAGCUCUCUGCUAAU